AAGGAACAACACGCUUAGUGUAAGGAGGGCACUGGAAAACAGACUGUCCUUGGCUAAGGAGUAAGAAGGAAAACAGUAACAGACAGGAGCCUGUCGUUGCAGUAGAAGGAGAUGAACACUCUGAUGAUGCCCCAGGAGCCCCGGGUACCUGUGACAGUGGGGACAAGCUGACUGACCUUCUGAUAGCUACAGUGCAGCAUACUUAGUAGAUACCAAGAUGGCGCAGAGAAUGAUUCAAUCCAUCCCAGUCACAGGACUUUCUGGAGAAGUGCAAAGCUGUUUUGUCUUACAACCUCUGCAGUGCCGAUUAGGGGACCUCAAUCUGAAACACAGUUUCUUAUAUAUGCCAACGUGUCAAAUCCCUCUUUUGUAAAUUAAAUGCACAAAUAACUUUUUCAUCAGAACAGCUUGACAUCAGCAUCCUGUCGGGGCACCCGGGAAGCAGGCAGAUGACACUUGUGGACACUCUGGAGAAGGCGACUGAUUCCCCCUCCCCAAGUAUACAAAAAGGUAAGGCAGGAAGUGUGGGCUGACAACACUCCAGGGAAGGCCGACAAACACGUGGCCAAUACAAAUCCUGUUAUUAGGGACACUGGAGGGAUUCCCUGGUGGUUCAGUGGUUACAAGUUGGCACUUUCGCUACAGUGGUCCGGGUUCAAUUCCUGGUGAGGGAACUUAGGAUCCUGCAAACUGUGCAGGACAGCCAGAAAAAAAUAAAGGACACUGGGACACCUAAUUUAAAACAGUACCUUCUGAGGCAAGAGACCCCAAAAAUAAUUCAAACAAUUCUUGAAAAGUUGGCUUAACUGGGACGAAUUAAACCUUGUAGAUUCCUAUAUAAAACUGCUAUCCUCCCAAAGAGCUGAACUCCGCAGUGUACGAAUCAUUGUCCAAGACAGGAGGGCCAUUAGUGAGACAGCCCAAGAUUUGCAGCCUUAACAGUAAUCCAUAUAUGUUCUGCGCACAACUACUGUGGGACAAUACUGCUGGUUCUCAGUUCUGGGCUUGAAGGACACUUUCCCCUGCAUUCCUACUGCAGAAGAACCACUGCAGCUGUCUGCUCUCUGGUGGCAGGACCCAGAAACGCAGGGAGUCCAACAGUACUGCUGGACAGUGUUGCCUCAAGGACUGAAGAUUUCCCCUACCUUGUUUGGGGAAAUGUUGUCUAGGGUUCUUACUCCAAUGUUUGUCGAUGACUUCAUCGACAUGUCUACAUGUCUACAAGCGAAAUAUCUAAAAAAUACCAUAGGAACCCUGAACUCGGCCAAUUGUGGAUGGAACGGCUCCCAGAAGAAGGCAACAAGCAACAAGUCAUGUACCUGGGUUUCAUCCUCUGCCUGACAGAAAAUAGGCAACUGCCAGCUUGGGAACACCCAAGACACACAGAGCUGAGGGGCUUCUGGGAAAGGCAGGAUUCUGUCGAAUUAGGAUCUCGAACUCAGGCUUUAAAAGGACGUAUCUUGAGCUCUUUACUUUGACAAAAGAGCACCAAACAGCCUGUGAAAUGAGAAAUACAAGGUUAGUCUUGGCUCCAGCUUUGGAACGAGCAGACUUAAACCUUUCACACUGUAGGUCCAUGAGAGACAAGGCAUGAGUCUCAGAUAUUAAUUCAAGCUCUGGGAAACAUCCCUCGGCUCACUACUUACUUCUCAACUAAAACAGACUGUUCAGGGUGGCCCCCUAGCCUUCGAGCUGUAGCAGCUCCUGCCAGACUUCAGGAAACCGAGCAGUUCACCCUGGGGUGACCCACCACUGUGUACAUCUCUCACCAUGUCCUUUGUUCGGGCUUCCCUGGUAGCUAAGUUGAUAAAGAAUUUGCCUGCAAUGCAAGAGACUUCGGUUCGAUUCCUGGGUCGGGAAGAUCCCCUGGAGAAGGGAUAGUCUACCCACUGCAGUAUUCUGGUCUGGAGAAUUCCAUGGACUGUAUAGUCCAUGCGAUUGCAAAGUGUCAGACAUGACUGAGCAACUUUCACUUCAUUUCAUGUCCUUCACUGGAACAAAAAGGAGGUAUUGGCUGACUUCUGGGAGAAUGGGAAAGUACCAAGCCAUUCUCUCAGGCAAUUCCACUCUAAAACCUCAGGUUACUUUGGCCCUAAAUCCAGUGUCACUGCUCCCGACAGCUGCUGCACAACCCCCUGAGGAUGACUGCCUCAAAGAGACCGGGCUCAACACACAACCCUUGGCUGAGCCGGAUGUGGACCUGUUCAUGGAUGGAAGCAGCUUCACGGACCAAGGCAGGGGACGUAUUCAGUAUGUAGUGAAAACCCUUUGUGUUUUUUGCCACACAGCCUACAAGAUCUGAGUUCCCCAACCAGGGAUCAAACACGCACUCCCUGCAGUGGAAGUGCAGUCUUAACCACUGGACCGCCAGGGAAGUCCUGUGGUGCUAACCCUUGAAAAAGUGGUAGAAGCAAAAGCCCUGCCUCUAGGGAGCUCAGCUCAGGAGGCAGAAGUCACUGCUCUGACAAGAGCCCUACGGCUCACUGAAGGCACGUGAGUGAUACAUACAGAGGCUCCUUCUCUGCGUUCUCUGUGGUGCCUCCUCACAGCACUAUCUGGAGAGAAGGGGCUCCUCACUUCAGACAAUAAAGACAGAAAACAUGCUUUGAGAUCCUGUCACUAUGAAGAGCCAUCCACAAGCCCUCACUGGUGGCCGGAGUGCACUGUCCAAGCCAGUAGAAGGGUGAAAUUCAUAUAAUCCAAAGCAACCAGUUAGCUGACCAAGCUGCAAAGGCAGGCAGCAAAGGCAGGUGAUUCUCAAGCCAUUAGAGGAUCACUACAGAUCAACUUGUCAAAAUACCAGGUGGUGUAUCCGGAAAAGGAGUGGGGAUUCACUCUGGACCACACCACACCCGGGGGAGAUGUGUGCGUGUGGAACUGUCCUGUCUCCUGAGGCCCUCUUGCACUCCGUGCCACACCACACUGUAACAGCACCCACACCAGGAGAGAAGCCACAACGGAUUCACAAGUUCAUAAUGGAGGCUAACCUGCGGAAGACCAUCCAGCAAGCCCCUCAGACUUGCAUGAUUUGUGCUAAAUAUAAAGACUGCUCUCAGACCUCCCCAGAUGGGGACCCAACACAGGAACCUGGGUCACCCAGGACUGGCAAGCAGGCUAAAGUAAAUCAAGUUGAUAAGGAUAGAGAAAAGAGACAGAGUAGGUGACUAAAUAGUUAACCCCACUAGGGGAUUGUAAGUAAAGAAAAAGGUAUAGGAGACUCUGUACGUUAAAGGAUCAGUCAAGAAAGCAGGUUUUCUCAGCCACAAAACCAUGUGGCAAAGGCACAGAUCCUGCCCCCAAAGAAUAAAACAACGGUGGCAUGAGCCUCACAUCCUGCCCGGUGGGCUCAGUAAGUUAAUGACCCCCUAGGACAUACUUCUUUGUGUGCUCUAAAAACAAAAAUAUAAGGAAAAGGUGACAUUAUGCUGAAACCUGAGAUGAUUUACCAAAUUUUUUUGCAUUUGCAUUGAGCCAUUCGAGUCCAAGCUUGACCCUGUAAGGACAAGAAAAUUCCCCCGCCCAAUGAGGAGGAGGAGCUGACGAUGAAAGCUGACUUCUAAUCAAGAAGUUUGAGCAUAACUUUGCUAAUAAGAACAAGAAUUGCAAAAUUUCUGUCUGUGACGCAUGUGUAUUUUAACUGUGAAGACUCAUGGACGAAGAGGCCCAGAAGAGGAAAGAACAGGAGUCAGGCAUGGUCUUUCUCAGACACAGUUGAGCUUCAAGGAUGUGUUCGUAGAUUUCACUCCUGAGGAGUGGGAAUGCCUCGACCCUGCCCAGAGGUCUUUGUACAAGGAUAUGAUGGUGGAGACCCUCAGGAACCUGCUGUCUGUGGAUAUGUCUCAUAUACAUAUGACCAAGAAAUUACAGACAAAAGCAAGCAGUGGUAAAGGGGAAAUUUUUCAAAGAGUGAUGUUUCAAAGAGCUGAAAGCCUUGAAAUCAAAGAUUUUCACCUCAGGAAGAUCCAGGAUUGUCUGUGGACAGAUGAUGAAAGAAAUGACAAAGGAAUGUCUACAUCCCAUAACAAAACCUCACUUAUGGAAGAGAUCAUCAUAGUAGAAGUGAUGCAGGAAAUGGACCUUUUGAAAGGCAUGGAUCAACCUCAGGAUGAACUGCAGAUGGUACAGUGUGAAGGGAUAAUUUUUGAAUGUAGUCAAGUUGUGACAAACGUCAGUGCCUCAGGUUUAUUGUCUCAGAGAACUUGUAGUGUCUGCAAAGGCUUUUCUCAUAAACAUGAGAAUGCUGUUAUGCACCCUUCAGAACUGUUACCAGACCAUGAACCACAAAAGAAAAGACCUGGCAAAUGUAAUGAGUAUGACAUAACCUUUCUUCAGGACUCAGAACUCACUAGACAUCAAAGAAUCCAUAUAGUAGGAAAACCAUAUAAAUGCGACGUGUGUGACAAGGCUUUUAAUCAAACUACAAAACUUGCAAUGCAUUGGAGAAUUCAUACUGGAGAGAAACCACAUAAAUGUGAUGUAUGUGGCAAGGCCUUUAAUCAAGCUGCAAAAAUUGUAAUUCAUUGGUGA